UUUUAGUUUCAUCACAAUUCUAAACUUGAUCACCAGCUGCUUUGUUCCAAACACUUCGAACAAUAAAAUAACUUAAAAAAAACAAUUCAAUAAACAAUUUGUACAACUGACAAAACAAACAACAAUUCAUUAAACAUUUUGUGGCAGUAUCUUUUUUAAAGAAAUUAUUAAAACGAGUAUUUUUGAUUAAAAAGUAAAGUGAAGGAAAUGGCACGCCGUGAUUAUGCUCAAGACAAAGAAGCCAUCAAGGCUUUUCUCACGGAAUUUUGUGAGACCAAUGAAAAUGGCGCUAAGUUCUUUAAAUAUGCAAGUCAACUUGUAAACAUCGCCCAUCGUGAACAAGUUGAAAUCAGCAUUGAACUUGAUGAUUUGCAUGAGUUUAAUGAGCUACUCGUUGAAGCUAUCAUGCAAAAUACUCGACGCUAUUCAAAUUUAUUUUCCGAAGUUAUUUUGGAAUUGUUGCCACAGUAUAAAGAACGAAAUGUUGUUGCUAAAGACUCAUUGGAUGUGUACAUUGAACAUCGUUUGUUGAUGGAAUCUCGUAUAAGAAACACAAACGAAGUCAGAGAUGCGAAAAACCGUUUUCCACCAGAGCUCAUGAAGCGAUUUGAAGUGUCAUUUAAAGCGCCAGCUUUGCAAAAGCCAUUAUCGAUUCGUGAAGUGAAAGCUGAUAGUAUUGGUAAAUUGGUUUCGGUACGCGGUAUUGUAACGCGUUGCACUGAAGUGAAACCAAUGAUGGUCGUUGCCACAUACACAUGCGAUCGAUGUGGUGCUGAAACCUAUCAGCCAGUAAAUUCAUUAUCAUUCAUGCCAGUCGCUGAUUGUCCAUCUGAAGAUUGCCGUGUAAAUAAGUCUGGUGGCCGUUUGUAUUUGCAAACGCGUGGCUCGAAAUUCGUUAAAUUCCAAGAGAUUAAAAUUCAAGAGCACAGCGAUCAAGUGCCAAUUGGUCAUAUUCCUCGCUCGGUAACAAUCAUGUGCCGUGGUGAGGCUACUCGUCAAGCUCAACCUGGCGAUCAUGUUGUUGUUACUGGCAUAUUUUUGCCGUUGAUGCGUACCGGAUUCAAACAGAUGGUAUCGGGACUGCUCAGUGAAACAUUCAUCGAAGCACAUAAAAUUGUGUGCCUCAACAAUACCGAUGACACUGAACAAAAUGCCGAACUCACACCCGAUGAAUUGAACGAAUUGGCUCAAGAUGAUUUUUAUGCACGUUUGGCCACUAGCAUUGCUCCAGAAAUUUUCGGUCAUUUGGAUGUGAAAAAAGCGUUGCUUUUGUUAUUGGUUGGCGGUGUUGAUAAGCGUCCCGAUGGCAUGAAAAUCCGUGGUAACAUCAACAUCUGUUUAAUGGGUGAUCCUGGUGUGGCCAAAUCACAAUUAUUGGGCUACAUAAAUCGUUUGGCUGCCCGUAGUCAAUACACAACUGGUCGUGGUUCAUCUGGUGUCGGUUUGACUGCAGCUGUUAUGAAAGAUCCGUUGACCAAUGAAAUGGUUCUGGAAGGCGGUGCACUUGUAUUGGCCGAUCAGGGUGUCUGUUGCAUUGAUGAAUUCGAUAAAAUGGCCGACGGUGAUCGUACUGCUAUACACGAAGUUAUGGAACAACAAACAAUUUCAAUUGCAAAAGCUGGUAUUAUGACAACAUUAAAUGCUCGCGUUUCAAUUUUGGCCGCUGCAAAUCCGGCAUUCGGAAAAUAUAAUAACAAACGUACAAUUGAGCAAAAUAUUCAAUUACCAGCUGCACUACUGUCACGUUUUGAUUUAUUGUGGUUGAUUCAAGACAAAGCUGAACGCGAUAAUGAUUUACGUUUGGCCAAACAUAUUGCAUAUGUACACACUCAUUUGAAACAGCCACCAACCGCUUCAAAGCCGUUGGACAUGAGUUUGAUGCGUCGUUAUAUUACAUUGUGCAAACGAAAAGAGCCAACUAUUUCAGCCGAUUUGUCCGAUUUCAUUGUUGGAGCUUAUGUUGAUUUGCGUCGUGAUGCUCGUAAUAAUGCCGACACCACAUAUACAUCAGCACGUAAUUUGUUAGGUAUUGUGCGUUUAUCGACUGCAUUGGCUCGUUUACGUCUAUCGGAUGUUGUCGACAAAGACGAUGUGGUCGAAGCUCUUCGUUUGUUGGAAAUGUCAAAGGCUUCGUUGGCUUCAACAUCUGAUCAACAAGUUGGCGUAAAUCGUCACUCGUCGUCUGAUAAGAUAUACAAUUUGAUCAAAGAAGCAAUUAAACAAUCGGGCACUUCAAUUCGAAUCUCCGAAAUUAUGGACCGUUGUACAACCAAAGGAUUCAAACCCGACCAAGUGGAUAAAUGUAUCGAUGACUACGAACAGUUGAAUGUUUGGCAAGUCAAUCAAGCUCGAACUCAAAUUACCCUCGUUUUUUAAAUAAGCUAUUCAGUUAUUUGAUUACGUUCAAAAUUUACGACAUUUUUCAUUUUUUUAAUACUAUCAUUGUUCCGAGUAUGCAAUUCAUUAGAUUUCAUGUAUGUGUGUUUUUUUUCUCUCAUUCCAUUUCAUUUUUUUUUUUCAUAGACAAAUAGAAUCAUUUUGUUAUACGCAUAACGA